CUCUUUCCUUCCAUCUUCGGCGAAGGUAUUAAAGCAGUGUGAUAUCCUCGAAUACUUGCUACUCUCCUGAAUCAUCCGUCGCUAUUUUGUAAAUUCCUGUGAACUACUUAAACACAUUUAUUGUUUCAGUAGCUUAUUUUGUUCGAAUCGCCCUUUUGUCACGUAGAGUAGUCUCGUGUACGUACAAGAUGAACACUUACAUGUAUGGUGACUAACGAGUCUGUCAUGGUUUUUAUUUUAAGCUUAUUUUAAACAUAUCACUUGACAUACUACUAAGGUUUUCUUUGAGCCAUGAAGACUAUUCUGGCAAGUGCGACAGUUGAUAUACCUGACAAUGUCACAAUCAAGCUAAGGGGCCGUGAAGUUACUGUCAUAGGGCCUCGUGGUACCCUUGUACGAAGCUUCAGACACUUGAACUUGGAGCUGACUCUGGUUGGCAAAAAGAGGUUACGUGUUGAUGUGUGGUUUGCUAAGCGCAAAGAACUGGCUUGUGUGAAGACCAUCUGCACCCAUGUUGAGAACAUGAUGAAGGGAGUUGUGUAUGGUUUCAGGUACAAGAUGAAGGCAGUGUAUGCUCAUUUUCCUAUCAACAUCACUGUAUCGGAGAACAACACCCUGGUAGAGGUGCGUAACUUCUUGGGCGAGAAGUAUGUACGACAAGUGAGGAUGAGGCCUGGUGUCACCUGCACCAAUUCCACUGUGAAAGAUGAAAUCAUUUUGGAAGGCAAUGACAUUGAGCUGGUUUCCAAUUCAGCUGCUCUGAUCAAGCAGUCUACCACCGUUAAGAACAAAGACAUCCGUAUGUUCUUGGAUGGCAUUUACGUGUCUCAAAAAACAACUGUUGUGUCUGAGGAAUAAACUUGUAAUAAAGGAAUAAAAAUGUAGCUGCCACUUGA